AAGAUGCACCAGCAUGUUCGUCGUGAUAAAAGUUGAUUUAAGCACCACAUUCGUUCACGGAAAAUUCAUGAGCUGUCAUACCAGUUUAGUUUGAGUGUUUCUGGGGCGUGAGUGUGUUUGUGUCCGAUACGAAAUCUCCUAAAACUCCACAAGAACUGGUUACAAAUAACGUACGGCGAAAAGCGUGGCAUAGAGUUAGUGUUAUUCCCAUGGUGUGUUGUAGCCGUGUGGUGGGUCCGUAGUGUUCUCGUUGAGUUGCCUGCUUCACCAUUCAGUCACAGUUCUCAAAAUGCCAACUGCCAGAUCUGAAGGAGCUUCCACACCUUGCUGCCUUAUCUUCUAUGUCAACGGGAAGAAAAUUGUGGAGAAGAAUCCUGACCCGGAGACAACAUUACUGCUGUUCCUACGGCAACGCUUGCGCCUGACGGGCACUAAGCUAGGCUGUGGGGAAGGAGGAUGUGGCGCCUGCACCGUGAUGCUCUCCAGAUUCGAUCGCAAACAGAAGAAAAUACUACAUUACUCUGUCAACUCUUGUCUAUAUCCGUUAUGUAAUGUACAUGGACUGGCUGUGACCACAGUGGAGGGGAUAGGCAGUGUGGCCCAGGGGCUACACCCUGUCCAGGAGAGGAUAGCCAAAUCGCACGGCUCCCAGUGUGGUUUCUGUACCCCAGGCAUUGUCAUGUCCAUGUACACCCUUCUGAGGAACAACCCUCUGCCCUCCACACAUGAGAUGGAACAUGCUUUUGAUGGAAACCUUUGCCGCUGUACUGGUUACAGACCAAUACUGGAUGGAUUCCGCACCUUCACAAAGGAAUGUGCCAUGGGUGAAAACUGUUGUAAAAAUCUAUCAAAGACAAGAGAAAAUGGUGACCAGAAUGGAGUCAAACUCAGUGAUGUGACAGUGGAUCAUUUGGAUGCCAAGGAUUUCAAACCAUACAACCCUUCUCAAGAGCCCAUCUUCCCUCCAGAACUUCAGAUGUCAGAUGAAUUGGACAAGGCAUCACUGAAGUUUGAGGGAGAAAGAGCCACUUGGUACCGUCCAGUGACCCUCACUCAGCUACUGGAGCUGAAGGCAUCCCACCCAGACGCUGUGCUGGUCAAUGGGAACUCAGAGAUAGGGGUGGAAAUUAAGUUCAAGUCCAAAGUGUAUCCAGUAAUAAUUGCCACGACACAUAUCCCAGAACUGAGAGGGGUAGAGCUGACAGAUUCAGGCGUGGUGUUUGGGGGAUCAGUAACGCUGACAGAGAUUGAGAUCUACCUCAGAUCUGUUGUGGAGUUGCUGCCAGAGCACAAGUCCAGGACAUAUGUUGCCAUGUUAGAGAUGCUGCGUUGGUUUGCUGGACAUCAGAUCAGGAAAUGUUGCUUAAAACAGAAAAGACAGACAGAGUUCAGAGCAGUUAAGAAGAACCAACCCUCGUUAAAACUCAAAACCACAAUAUUUGCUAUUGCAGGGAACAUCAUGACAGCCAGUCCAAUCUCUGAUCUGAACCCGAUCCUUCUGUCAGCUAAAGCUGUUCUCAGACUGGCUUCUAAGGAUGGUGGUUACAGAGAACUGAAAAUGGAUCACAAUUUUUUCAAGGGUUAUCGCCGCACUGCUGUCAAACCAGAGGAAAUUCUUAUUUCAGUUCACAUUCUGUUCACCUCUGAGACGGAGUACUUUUCAGCAUACAAACAAUCACACAGACGAGAUGAUGACAUCGCCAUUGUAAAUGCUGCAGUGAGGGUGGUGUUUGAGGAAGGGUGUGACCGGGUGCGGGAACUGACCCUCAGCUACGGUGGGAUGGCUCCCACCACUGUCAUGGCACACAAGGCCAUGAAGUCUGCUGUGGGAAGGUGUUGGGAUGAUGAGUUGCUGUCUCAGGUGUGCAGGGAUCUGGCAGAGGACAUGCCCCUCCCCCCUGGAGUUCCGGGUGGAAUGGCGGAGUAUCGGCAAACGCUUACUGCUAGCUUCUUCUUCAAGUUCUACCUCUCUGUCAAACUCAAAAUACAGAAUCAGCUGUCAGUCAAGUCUCCAGUUCCUGCUUCCUAUCACAGUGCCACUCCCACAUUUCACAGAGAACCAACCAGAAGUCUCCAGCUGUAUGAGGAAGUGGUUGAGGGACAAGAUAUUGAAGAUGUGGUGGGUAGGCCCCUCCCACAUCUAUCCUCCAUCAAGCAGGCCACAGGAGAGGCUACUUACGUGGAUGAUAUGCCACCAUACAAAGAGGAAUUGUUCCUGGCCCUGGUCCUUAGCACUAAAGCCCAUGCUAACAUCGUCAGUAUGGACGUCUCUGCCGCCCUGGAGAUGCCGGGUGUUGUAAACUGUGUUACCUGUAAUGAUGUACCUGGCAGUAACCUGUGGGGCAUCAUCAACCAGGACGAACAGUUGUUUGCUGAUCAGAAGGUAACGUGUCAGGGUCAGGUAAUUGCAGGUAUUCUGGCCGACACCCAGUUACACGCUCAGAGAGCGGCUAGAGCUGUGUUCAUUGAGUAUGAAGAACUGGAGCCCAUCAUUACAAUCAAGGAAGCCAUCAAAGCUAAGUCGUUCUUACUGCCCACCAACUCCAUCCAGAAGGGAGACCUUGGGGAGGGAUUUAACCUGGCAGACCACAUCCACCAAGGGGAGAUGACUCUGAAUGGACAGGAGCACUUCUAUCUGGAGACACAAGGAUGUCUUGUGGUCCCAGACAAGGAGGAUGGUCAGAUGCUGGCCUUCUCUUCUACACAGGACGUGGCAGAGUGCCAGACUGUGAUUGCCUCAGCCUUAGGCGUUCAGGACAACCGGAUUGUCUGCAAGACAAAGAGGCUAGGUGGGGGAUUUGGGGGUAAGGAGACCCGAGCAGCAGCCUUGACAGGAGUGUGUGCAGUGGCAGCCAACAAGUGCAUGAGGGUGGUUCGCUGUGUACUAGACAGGGAUGAAGACAUGAGCUGUACAGGUACCAGACAUCCUUUCUUGGGGAGAUACAAGGUAGGGUACACGAAGACUGGCCGUGUGACCGCUCUGAACAUGGAGCUCUACUGUAAUGCUGGACAUACCAUGGACCUGUCACUACCUGUAAUGGAGCGUGCUCUGUACCACUGUACAAACUGCUACAAUGUGCCAAACAUCCACGCUGUGGGGUACCUGUGUCGCACCAAUCUGCCCUCUAACACAGCCUUCAGGGGCUUUGGGGCGCCUCAGGCCAUGAUGAUCUGUGAGAACAUGAUGACAGAGAUAGCCAACAACCUGGGUGUCUCCCAACAACAGGUACGCUGGGUGAACAUGCUGAAGGAAGGGGAUAGCAUGUACUAUAAUCAGCCUCUACUAAACUUUCACCUGCCCACCUGCUGGGAUGAAUGUCUGACUCAGAGUGACUUCAGAAAACAACAGCAGCUCGUCACACAGUUUAACAGAGAUAACCGCUGGAAGAAGCGUGGCUUGUCUGUCAUCCCCACCCAGUUUGGAGUUGCCUUCACUUCAACUCAUAUGAACCAGGGUGGGGCCCUACUGCACGUGUAUAGGGAUGGCUCAGUGCUGCUGACCCACGGAGGUGUGGAGAUGGGGCAGGGCUUACACACCAAGAUGAUACAGGUAGCGAGUCGAGCUUUAGGCAUCCCAGCAAGCAAGAUAUUCAUCGCAGAGACAAGCACGGAUAAAGUGCCCAACACAUCCCCAACGGCGGCUAGCAUGGGCUCUGACAUUAACGGCAUGGCUGUCAUGGAUGCUUGUCAGAAAAUUAAAGAUCGGCUUUUACCUUUCAAGAAACUAGAUCCAAAAGGGAAGUGGAUUGAUUGGGUAACUGCUGCUUAUUUUGAUCGUGUUAGUCUGUCCGCAACUGGAUUUUACAAGGUGCCUGGGCUAGGCUAUGAUGAACAGAACAACAAAGGGAACCCCUUCAGUUACUUCACAACAGGUGUGGCUUGUUCUCUGGUGGAGGUGGACUGUCUGACAGGAGACCAUCAGGUGUUGAGGACAGACAUUGUGAUGGACAUAGGCACCAGUCUUAACCCAGCCAUUGAUAUUGGUCAGAUAGAAGGAGCUUUUACGCAGGGCUAUGGCUUGAUGCUGAUGGAGCAACAGAAGGUCACACCAUCAGGCUAUCUGUUGACUAGGGGACCAGGUGCCUACAAGAUUCCCAGUUUCGGCGACGUCCCAGUAGAGUUUAAUGUCUCCUUGCUGAAGGGCGUAUCAAACCCAAGGGCUGUCUACUCAUCCAAGGCUACUGGUGAACCACCGCUGUUCCUGGCUGCGUCUGUCUUCUAUGCCGUAAAGGAUGCCAUCAUGGCAGCCCGAGCAGAAUCUGGUCUCCAUGGUAACUUUGCUCUCAGUUGUCCGGCCACACCGGAGAGGAUCCGUAUGGCAUGUGAGGACCAGUUCACAAAAAUGUUCCCUGCAGCUGAACCAGGUACAUUUAAACCAUGGUACGUUGAACUUUGACCUCUGAACCUGGUGACUUGAAUGCCCUUAAUUCCGGUGAGAAGUGAAGGGGUCUUACAUCGUACUCUGAGAGCAGAAUUUACAUGUACAUAUAUGUAUGUAGGACUGAUUUAUCUGUGCAGGAAGAUAGGAUCUUCAGGGUGUGUUAGAAGUACGUUGAAUUCAUAUUGAGUACUACGUGUAGAUCUGUUCUGUGUGAAUAGUAGAGAUCGUACAUCUGACUGCCACAGUGCUAACCUUUUUGAUAUCUAUAUUAUUGUUAAUAUACUCCUGUUUGUGCAUGAGCUAUCUUUCCUAAAACUGUCCUAUUAUUCGACUUAAUUUUUCACACCCAAGCCCAGAAUUGAUUAUUUGAUUAGCAUUUUUAUGAUGAUCAACCAUUGCACUGUCAUACUGCCAUGUUUUGUAUCAAACAGUCUGUCAUUCAGAAAGAUUUUAUGAAAAUUUUGAAACAUUAUUUAUCUACCUUUAAUUGUGAUAGAAAUUACUUGCUAAUGUUUGUUAAAAUUAUAUCUGUUCUCUGGGAUCAAGUUUUUUCAUGCAGACUACCUCAUUCCAGAAGGGUGUCCCAUGCAGGUGUUGGUGUAUGCAUCUGCCAUCCUGUAAUGUUUGGCUAUAUCCUGCAGUGUGGUUAUAUGUGGUGUUAGAAUCUGUCUGAUCCAAUGAUCAAGUGUAUGUAGUGUAAGCAUCAAACUCAGAUUACAUUACAAGGUUAAUCCACAUUUUAUACAACUAGUUACAUACUUUAUCGCUUGUUACAUACACCUGUUUUGUUGUUUACGUAGGUGUUUAUGCACAACAGUGGAUUCAUUGAAAGUAAAUCAGAUUCAUGAAGACAGUCCUCAUCAUGUUUUUAUGUCACAUUUACAAUUCAACAAAUAAUUUGUACCUUUUUUGAAAUUAUGCCAGAGUGUUAUUUUGUUCAGGUGAUGUUCAGAUCUUUUCAUUAGGUAAACAAAUUCUAUGUAUUUAUUGUAGUUGAUCUCUUGAAAUGCAAAUGAUUUCUUUUAUAUCUGUUGACAUAUUACUGAUAUAGGUGUGAAAACAAGCUGCGUUUGUGUUGCUAUUAGUUUUUGACGAAUUCUCUGUCUGUGCUACCGGUUUUAAACAUAUGGAGCUAUUUGUGUUAAUCUAUUCCAUGAUAAUAUGCUUAGUGAUGAUAUAAUUAUGAUGUCUGUUCAUGUCCUGUCUGGUUAUCCCCAGAGUUAUUGUGAACAAGAAUUCAUGCCAUUUGAGAUAUGCUUUUCAGAUUUACAGUGUUGGCAUGGUUGGUAUAUGUCCAGUGGUUGAAGCUCUGUCUUUUUAAAAUAGGUUCAUAAAAGUGAAAUACCAUCACUGGUUGGUGAAAAAAGGCUUAUAGAAUUUGACAUGUUGGCUUUGACAUGUUGGCUUAUAUUGUCUUGUGGUUGUCUUUAGAAACCUUCCAGUGCUGCCAGUCUGCAUCUCACAUAACUGUGGUUUGGUGUCGUAUGGUUAACUGUAGAAAUGUUUUAUUGCCAGGCUGUACCUCACAUAUGUCUGGUUUUGUUAUCUUGUGGUUGUCUGUAGAAAUAUUCUUUUGCCAGGCUGUACCUCACAUAUGUCUGGUUUUGUUGUCUUGUGUUGUCUGUAGAAAUGUCCUGUUGCUAGGCUGUACCUCACAUAUGUCUGGUUUUGUUGUCUUGUGGUUGUCUGUAGGAAUGUCCUGUUGCCAGGCUGUACCUCACAUAUGUCUGGUUUUGUUGUCUUGUGGUUGUCUGUAGGAAUGUCCUGUUGCCAGGAUGUACCUCACAUAUGUCUGAUUUUGUACCAAAGUGCUUGGAAUAUUAUGGUGCUGAUAUGGCAGCCCUGCAUGUCAAGUUCUGUGUUAAAAGUUUGAUUUCCUGAAAAACUUUGUAUGUUGUCUUCAUUUACUUGAUUUGUGUUCAUCUGUAAUACAGUUUUGAGUGAAAAACAUUGCAAUAUGGAAUCAUCUUGCAAUUUGUUUUCUGUGUAUAGAAAUAUUUCAUGUUUGCUGGUUGGUAUUUUAUCAAAGUAUCUAGUCAGCGGCUUUGCAAAGGUGACAAACAGAGAUGAUUGUGGUGCUUGUGUUUGUGACAGUGUAAGCUUUUAUGAUAGUGGUGUUACUGGUCUAAGUGUUGAUGUGAGUAGUGGUGCUGGUGUGUUAAAGGGGUGGUGCUGGCACUGGUCUUUGGUGCUAGCAUAGGGAAGAGAUAGAGACUACCAUGGUGCUUGUAUUUGUGAUGGUAAUGGUGUUUAAUGGUUUAAGUGUUGAUACUGGCACUAAUUAGUGAUGCUGGAACUGGAGUUCCUGGUGUUGAUGAUGGUGCUGGCACUAUUUAUUAGUGCUGGUGAGCUGUAGUUGGUGGUGCUGGUACUGGCACUCUUUAGUGGUACUGGUGAGCUGUAGUUGCUGG